CGCAAGGACAAAGCAGGAAGUGAAUGUGUAAAAUAAUAAUAGUAAUAUCAUGCGACCAAGAGCGUAGAAGAGAGGUUAGACGCCUCUGAUCAGCGGUAGAAGAGACGCACAUUGACCACCGAGGGGAUUCAUCGAGCUGAUACGAAUGUCUCGAAAAACUAAAGAAGAGUAUUAUGGUUCCUUCACCGUGACAGAUCCACGCACACACGAAAAGGGACAUACGGAGUACAGAGUCACAGCAAGGUUUGUGUCAAAGAAGAGGCCUGAGGAUGUAAAGGAGGUGGUGGUGUGGCGGAGGUAUUCUGAGCUGAAGAAACUCCAUGGAGAGCUGUCAUACACUCACAGGAACCUCUUCCGACGGCAGGAAGAUUUCCCACCCUUCCCCCCUGCCCAGCUCUUUGGGCGUUUUGAUGAGGCAGUGAUCGAGGAGAGGAGGAAGGCAGCAGAAGCCAUGCUUCUCUUCACCACCAGCAUUCCAGCUCUGUACAACAGUCCUCAGCUGAAGGAAUUCUUUCGGGGUGGGGAAGUGAAGAGACCAUUAGAUCCUUCUCCCCUCUCCUCCUCCACCCCCCUGCCUCCUCCCCUCAUACCUUUACCCACAGGGACUUCAGAGUACGGAACAGAGGAAGAAGAAGGGAUAGAAGAGCCGGCCCUGCCUGAAGAAGCCAGGUCAGACCUGGGUGCUGUUCUAGGCGAGCCUGAGGCUGCAGUGGAGGCCUACAGUGAGAUGGAGAAUAGUCCCACACAGAUAACACCAACAGAGGUUGAACCAGAGCCACACACUAACACAGAGGAAGCAACUGCAGCAGCCAGACCAGGUUCCACAGAUAGCAGCUUGGGCAAGUCAGGGAAUCAGGAGGAAUUUGAUUCGCUGUUUGACUCUGUAGGGGAGGAACUGCAAGUCGAGGGUCCGCCUCCUCUUUCAGACACCGAUCUUGCCAUUUUCGAUCCCUGUGCCAAAGAAGACCAACCCAAUGCAUCACAUGACCACUCAGAGCUCCUGUCACUCCCAUUGGCCAGUCCCAAUGGCACUUCGGGGUCUGUCGGGGAGGCGGGAUAUCUGACACAGGCAGCCAACGAAUUGAACGCCGCAAUGGAAAAGGAGAAGGAGGGGGAAUACAGUGCAGCCAUUCUCAUAUACAAGACCGCUGUGGAUAUACUGAUCAAAGGAGCUCAGGGAGACCCUGAUGCUCAGCGCAGAGAGUCGGUGAAAAGGAAGACGGCUCAGUACCUCAAACACGCCGAGAUGCUGCUGUCCCUGCAGACUCCCACUCCCACGCAGGACCAGGACCGCUCCUGAAACACUCCAGCAGUCACGCGCACUCCCAACGGCAAAAUUUAACUACUCUCGUUCGGUUUCAGACACCUACUCAGUGACACUUGUAUAUGAACACACACGCACGCACACACAUAUGCGUGUGCACACACACAUACACACGCACCCUUACACAGACACACACACACACAUAUGU